GUCAGACCUUCCCCUAUAAAAAAUCACUUAAAAAUAAUAGGAAAAAUUAUAUUCCCCGAAAUAUACAAUCUUAUCGGCAAUGCCACUGAAGUUGUUUCGUUUUUGGCUGCCUUUGCUCCUGUUUGCUUGUCAUUUGUUGGCUGAAACCCCUCAGUGCUUUCGCUUUACUUGGGUUGGUGCCUACGAAAAUCAUUCCAAUAUAGUGACAGAAACCUGCGAUUCCAGAGUGGGAGACUUCAAUGACAUACCCUGUGUGGAGCCUUUGGUGGUUACACCUAACGACACAGUUCCGGAUGUGAAGGCUUUGUGGCAAAAUUCCACCCAAGAUCGGGAUCAGUAUCUGUGCCAAAUGUCUGCAGCUCAUUCGUGUGUCAAGUACUCCUACAUUUUCAAGGGUGGCAUUCUUAACAUCACAUACAUGUGCGCCAUGGUGAAUGCAAGUAACGGCUGCUAUCGGCAGACCCAUGAAAAUGGAAUGCAGGUGGAGGCCUGCGUCUGCACCUCUCGACAGGGAAUGAUACCCUGUAAUGGCUGCUUGAGACAACACCAACUCGAUCGUGUAAUGGGCUUGGCCCUGGGCUUGCUCGGUGCCUAUCAAUUGCUAAAUAAAUAUCGUCGAAUAGUUUGAUCAGCAAAUAUAUAUUGUAAAAUGUGACAUUUCCGUGCUCUGGUUUUGACAAGUUGGG